AGAAUUCAGUUAGUAAAGAACACGGACGUUAACAGAACGUACUGCACAUUAACGGUCUUUUUGAGCACCUUGCUAUACUUAAAAAGUUGUGAAACAGUAAAGAAAAACUUAAAAUUUCUUCUCAUACCUUGGAAAAGGUCUUAACAAGCAAAUUCAUUCAUACGACUGCUAAGCAAGUGAAAAGUGUUGCAAAAUUCCAACAGCCAAAGGGUGAAGUUGGCAAAAGUUUCUGUAAAGAAUAAUACUCAAAACUUUGAUAACCGUAAAUUAGCUUAGAAACGGCAUUAAAAGAUCGACAUUCUGCAAUGUAUAGGAAAACCCGUACUACAAGCAUCUAUACAAUCGACCAAAAGAAAAAAAUUAAUGGAAAAUCCAUAGAAAGGAACUGAUAAUUACGGUAUUAAUAAAAUUGCACCUUUUUUUUGCAAUUCGGAAGACAUCCUUGCAUCUGAUUGCGACUGAAUGGACCUCAAUCGGUUCUCUUGUGUCCAUUUACUUAUGUGAGUGAACGUCACCCGUGCGUCAGGAAAAUCUAUAAAAGUUUUCAAAAACUUGCAAAGGGAAAGUAGCAAGAAAGAGUAAAAAAAAAACAAACGACACUCAUAAAUAUCACAGAGCGAAGAAUAGAAAACAAAAAGGGAGCAGCGCCGUCACUGCAAGGGACAAAUCAAGUAGUGUAACGGGAGACAACUUAAAAUAAAACGUAGCGAGAAGUGUGCAAUCAGCAUAAAAACAUAUUGCAAUAGUGCUAACGGCGUACUUUUAAAACAAACACGCGUGAUGUCUCUGGAAGAUCCAUUCUUCGUUGUUAAGGACGAAGUAUUUAAAGCAUUAAAUAAAACGCGCGGCCUAUAUCUACGUUGGCGUGAGUUAAGUGAUAGCAGCGGAAGUGCUGAAAUUGAAUGGACGACAACCGAAUUAAGGAACUCUUUGCGCAGCAUUGAAUGGGACUUGGAAGAUUUGGAAGACACUAUUAGCAUAGUCGAAAAGAAUCCAAAUAAAUUUCGCAUUGAUAAUCGUGAACUUUUGAGUCGGCGCCAUUUCAUCGACAACACGCGCGAUGAGGUCAAACAGAUGAAAGAGAAGAUGAGCCUGAAUCGGAACAGGGACAGAGAUAUAACGGCACAUCAACCAUUACUCGAUGAGCACAAUCAUAACGAACUUAAUCAUCAAAACAGUCAGAACGGAAACAACAAUUACAACAACAACUAUAACAAUAGCCUAAACAACAGUAAUCAUCACAACAAUCAGCAUAAUCACCAUCAUCACGGUAUCAACGAUAAAACCUAUCUAGUCGAGUGUUCGAACGGUGGCAUCGGUGGCGGUCUAUUACAACAGAAUUCUUUGAUAACCGGUGGCAGUGGUGUAGCCAAUACAAUUGCCGGUACAAUGGCAGCAGCGGCACAACGUCACAGUGGCACAAAGUACUCCAAAUUAGAGAAUGCAGUCGAUAGUCCGGGUCAUUAUGCAUCGUUGGAUAGUCCUGGGCAUCGAUUUGUGGGCGAAACGGUGUCGGUGCAGCAGCGCAUGAUGCAAGGGCAAGAUGAGCAGCUAGAUAUGAUAAGUGAUUCCAUUGGAACGUUAAAGACUGUGUCGCGUCAGAUAGGCGUGGAGUUGGAUGAGCAGGCUGUCAUGCUGGAUGAUUUUGGUAAUGAAUUUGAUACAACGGAAUCCAAAUUGGAUACGACCAUGAAGAAAGUUGCCAAAGUAUUACACAUGAAUAAUGAUAAACGUCAAUGGGCCGCUAUUUUCAUACUAUCCGCGCUUUUGUUACUUGUGAUAAUUUUAUUUAUAGUUUUGUAAAUAUUUCGCUAAGUAAAAAAAUUUUUCCGCGUCACAGUUGGCAUUUUAUUUAUUUAUUAUGUGUAUUUAAUAUCAAACUACCAUAUACAUAUGUAUUUAUAUAGUCUAUCGAAAAUUUUGAGUUUCAUUUGUUAUGAUUAAUUUAUUGCUAGCAAAUGUUAAAAAAAUAACACAGUCACUACAUAUAACAAACGUCCAAAAUAAACAAGUUAUUCGCGGAAGUAAACGAAUUCCCAAAUUCACUAACGCUUGGUCGUUGACGCCAAAAGUUAUGGAAUCAUACUUUUUCUUAACUAAGAGUCUUAUACUAUUUCCAUUGUUAGGUUUUCUGGUGAAGAAGCAUAACACUUCAUAAUAAACUUUUGGGAAAAGCUACUGAAAUGACAAUUCUAAUGUAUAUUGUCCCCAAGACAGUCGAGUCUACGAUAUCGGAGCGGAAAUUACAUUUAUUCAAUGAUAACAGUUCUUAUAACAUACAUAUCGCUUAUUUACUCCGAAAAAACUCUAACUUGCAACCGAAAUGUUGAGAAAAACAGUUUUCAAGUUUUCACUUUACUAUGCUUCCUGAGUAAAAGCAAAGCCAUAUUUUCAUCUAAUGUGAUACUGUUAGUUGACAUCGCCACAACAGAAUGAAUGAAAGACGAUAAUAUUUGACCUAAUUGCGUUCUGGAUACUGUAAUCUAUCCAAAAUCGACCCCGACAUACCCAACAUAUGUCCAGCAUGUGAAGGCACACCGCACGACAUUAACCACCUCUUCACAUGCCCCAUCAAACCUACUCACCUAACACACCUCUCCCUCUGGACCCAACCUUUCGGAGCAGCACUUUUCCUGGGUCUACCAUUAGAUAAGUUAGACGAAGUCGACAGGUAACUGCAUCACACUGACAGGGUUUAGUAAGCUGCUACAACAACAUAAUCAUGGAUUAUGACACUAUUGAAGAAAAUAUGUUAUACUUAUAUUCAGUAAAAUUAAAUAAAUUAAAGUUUUAUUAACCAGCGAGUAGAAUUAGAAAAAUAGAAAAUUUUCGAAUGCUGAAAUUUAUUUUUUUCAUUCUUCCAAUUAUGAAAAUACAUUUAAAAAGAACAUUCUAUAUAUCUGCAAGAAAGUCGUGUAUAACAUUGGAUAUUCCAAUUCCUAUGAAGAACAAUAAUUAUUAUAAAUUAUAAUUUGUUUCUCUAAACUUCAAAAUCAACAAUUUUUAAUUCUUCGAGUUGAUUUUGCGCAAUUUCUAAUGAAGAUUUUUGAAAAAUUACAGUAAUUAUAAUUGUUGUAAAACCAUAAGCAUCCUACGUCACGGAGUAGUUUUAUAAUGCUUGAUGACAAUUUCUUAUAAUGCCCCUUUGAUAAAGCCCGUCACAUGAUUUUGUUUGAUUUAUUCGUUCAACGGCAGUUUUCCACUUUACUUGUUGGCAGCUGUGCCAAUUAAUGAAAAUUACCCGUAACCCGUAAACUCCAUGACAUAAUUUAACUAUUUGUUACAGGCGCACAACACCUACAACGACGAGUAGAAUUUGUUGCAGUCUUGUCUUGCAUUUUUUGGGUGAACCUGAAUUCGAUAUUUGUUUUCAUUCCGUGACUUUUAGUGAUGAUGAACUAGCGUUCGCUAAUUUUAGAAUUUCAAAACUUAAAUGCUGUUAAUUUAGUAUUUGAGUACGAAAAAAAUUUUAAAAUUAUCGCGUAAUUCAACUAAAUUAACUAAACUUUUAAUUAAAAAAGUUGAUGCAUUACAUUUUAAUAUUUAAUAAUUAGGUUAUACAUGCACAUAUAAUGUGAUCAGAAUUCGUUUCACAUUUGCUUCUUUAGUUUACAACCUAUCUACAUACAAAUUUUCCAAUUCCAAUACAAAUGAGUAUACAUAACUCCAUACAUCAGCAUAUUUGUAUCAAGCUGCUUACAAACAAAUAUAUAAGAGCAUAUAAAAAGUUGUUGUCUUCAAAUUGUCAUAAACAAAAUACUGCACAUUUAGAAAACAAAAAACGCAAAACAGAAAAUUACUUCUAAAACCUUGGCAAACAAACGAAUUAUACACUAAUUCCAAUUUAAAGUUUAAAAGAAAAUUUGUAAAUCUAGUUCAAAACGCAAAUGUAUCAUUUAGUAACAAUUACAAUUCGAGUAAAACGUAUGUAUGUAUAUGUGAGAAGUAUAUAAAAAGCGCAUAUGUAUUGUAUAUGAAAUGGUAUGUUUUAAUUUACGUAAAAGAUGUAUGUAAUUUUAAAUUCCAGUCAAAUACAAAGUAGUCAAAACUUGAAACCAAAAAACGUAUAAUCGAAAUUUAAAAUGUAAUAAAAUGUACUUAUAAAACAAAUUCAAUUGCGAAAAUAUAUAUAUAUAUAU